CAUCAGUCUGUCCUACCUUUUUGUAUCUUCUUAUUACAUCUUUUCUUAACUAUCUCUCUGCAUCAUCUCACUCUCCAUCCCGUGUCUGUGUGUGCUGCAAGGACUAACUGGCAACUGCUGGUGAGACCUGUGCAUAUCACAUGAAGGGGCUGCGGGCGCCCGCCAUGAAGAGGAGGCUGGAGGGCAGCUUGAAAGUUAAAUUAUAUUGCUCACCAGUAACUAAGGAACUGCUGCUGACUAGCUGGAAAUACAAGUUUUGGGAGAAUCACAUUGUUGCAUUGGAAGUUGAAACUCCAACUCAGAUUUCUUUAUUAGAUGAAACAACUGGUGAGAAAGAAGAUCUAGAGGUCACACUUCUACCAGCUGGUCACUGUCCAGGAUCAGUCAUGUUUUUGUUUGAAGGUGAAAAUGGCACUGUGCUGUAUACAGGGGAUUUCAGGCUUGCAAAAGGAGAAGCAGCCAGGAUGGAGCUUUUGCAUUCAGGGACUAGAGUAAAAGACAUCCAGAGUGUGUAUUUGGACACCACUUUCUGUGAUCCCAAAUAUUAUCAUAUCCCAAGCCGGGAGGAAUGUUUAAGUGGGAUCUUGGAGUUGGUGCGAAGCUGGACCUCACUGAGUCGCUAUCACGUGGUGUGGCUGAAUUGCAAAGCUGCUUAUGGAUAUGAAUAUUUAUUCAUAAACCUCAGUGAGGAACUGGGAUUCAGGGUGCAUGUGAACAAACUUGAUAUGUUUAGAAACAUGCCAGAAAUCCUCUACCAUGUCACUACAGAUCGACACACUCAGAUUCACGCCUGUCGACAUCCUCGGGAUGAUGAAUGUUUUCGAGGGAACAGACUGCCCUGUGGGAUGACUUGCCAAAAUGGAACUCCCUUGCACAUAAUCAGCAUCAAACCCUCCACUAUGUGGUUUGGAGAAAGGAACAAGAAAACCAGUGUAAUAGUGAGGACUGGGGAGAGUACAUACAGAGCUUGUUUCUCUUUCCACUCUUCAUACAGUGAGAUUAAGGAUUUUGUGAGCUAUAUCUGUCCUAUGAAUGUGUAUCCCAAUGUACUGCCACUGGGUGGGACAGAAGACAAAGUUAUGGAAAUUUUAAAGCCAUUAUGCAGGUCCUACAGGAGAAACAUGGAACCCAGGUACAAGCCCUUAGGAACACUGAAGAGAGUCCACAAGAGAGACUCAUCUGAUACAGAUGAAGAUGACCUUUUUGAUACAGAAUCAGCUUCUGCAAGGUCUAAAAUUCCAAAACAGCAGAGGGAAGAGAGCAGGCCCUCCAGCACAGGACAAGCUGAAAAUGCUGAAGGACACAUUAAUGAGAGCAGAGAAAGUUACAAAGCAACCACAGCUUACACGUCCCUGAAGGUAGACUUCAUGGACUGUGAGGAAUCAAAUGAUGAUGAUGAUGAAGAUGAUGAUGAAGAAUCUGAAAAAAAUACAGUUCAAGUUCUUUCCCCUGAGCCAGAUGCCACUUCCACAUCAAAUUUUAACGGAGGAACUAGUGACCAACAGGAAUCAAAUGACAACAUCCCUCGCUGGGAUGCAUUUUUUAAGUGUAACAAACUAGAAGAAAGCUCUGAAAAUGAGGACAACUUCCCAUCUUCAGCAGAUGCUGGUGGGUCCCAAUCACUCUUCAGUGAUUCAGAUGGAGUAAGCGACUCAACACACAUCUCCUCCCAAAAUUCUUCUCAGUCAACUCACAUCUCAGAGCAGGGGAGCCAGGGCUGGGAUAGUCAAAUGGACACAGUACUCAUUACCUCCCAGGAGAGAAAUGCCUUGGAUGUGAGCUGCUUCAGCAAAGGUGGGAGCAGAACAGUUGUUUCUGCAUUGCAGGAGACUGCCAAGGACAGUCAACCUGACAGCAGUAGGUGGAAGCCAUUGGAUCAAAACAGACUUUGUGCCCAUGAUGUUGUGUGUGACUUGAAAAGCAAAGACUGUGAGAAAGAUGCAGAAACUGGCACUGGUGACAUUCAGGAUGUGCUGGUGGAAGUAAGUGACAACCCCAGGUCUCCUGAUCCGGAACUGAGGAGAGACUCCCAGAGCUCCUCUGACUUUGAAAUUCCCAUGACUCCUGGUGCUGAAGCACCUAAGCCAGAUAAGCUGUACUGUUUGUAUCAGAAGCUAGCAGCAGGAGAAUGCAUACUCGGUGAAAAAAAGGGCUCCUAAAGACGGGUAGAACUGAUGGACAUCACAGUAUACUGGAAUGUUUAUUAAACUCUGAAUUCUUUUUAAUGCCAAAUACUGUCUGCAGCUAUGCUAAUUCAUGCAGUUUCUUGCAGAAAUAUCUUCCUGUCAGUACUAGGGAUUUGCAGCCUGUGUAACUUUAUUGUUCCCUCCAUGAAAUACUGAAAAGGAAGGAUUUCUAGGAGGGAAUGUAAAAGCCUUCUGCCUCCUGAGAUUCAGUUCUCCAGGACUGUAAGUAGACAAAAACCAGACCAGACAAUAUUAAGGGUAGAACACUAGAUUUCAUUUAGUGUUCUCUUCAUUGUGAGCUCUACAAGUUUGCCUUUGAUAUCUAUGUGAUCUCAGGUUUUAAGAAAAUACCAAAUGGAGGAACACAACAUCUUUCAGGGCCAACCAUGCAAACAAUGCAAUAGUUGCACUUUAAUGCUGAAUUUCCACUGCUGUUAUUUUUUUAAAAACAACUGUAGAGCAGAUUAGAGUAUUAAUGAGAAGUUCUUAUUUUUUAAAAAAAACAAAAAGCAAAAAAACCAAAAUCAAAACGAAGAAAGAAAUCACUCUUUUCAGGCAGUCUCUUUACACUGAGCAAGUGUUGUCAUCAGAUUUUUAACUCCCAAAUGAGGCACCAUUGCCUGUGGUUUAAAUUUAACUCCUUGCAAACAACUUGUCAUCAGCUCCUCCAUGAUUUUGUUUGGUCUGAAUUGUUUUUCAGAACAGCUUAAAAAUAAAGUCCUGUAGCAUGUGGUUCCAGAGCCACCAGCAGUAGCCUGCUCUGAAGGUGAACUUGCAGCACCAGAAGCUAACCUGUUGCCCUGGACAGGUUAUGUUUCUCAAGACUUGUUACCAAGUGUCACCUCCUCUGAAAUGUUCUGUUGACUUCACUGAAUUCAGAUGUUUACAUUUCUUUUUUUUUAAAUAAAGACAAUAGGGCUCUGAUUGACAUGUGGCUGAAUAGGAGCCAACAGUGUGCUCAGGUGGCCAAGAAGGCAAAUGGCAUCCUGACCUGUACUAGAAAUAGUGUGGGAAGGAGGACCAGCGAGGUGAUCAUCCCUCUGUACUCAGCAUUGGUGAGGCCACAGAAAGGACAUCAAGGUGCUGGAGCGUGUCCAAAGGGAGAUGAAGCUGGUGAUGAAGUCGGUGAUGAAGUCUUGAGAACAAGUCUUAGGAGGAGUGGUUGAGGUAACCAGGGCUGUUUAGUCUGAAGAAAAUGCGGCUGAGAGGAGACCUCAUCACCCUCUACAACUACCUGAAAGGAGGUUGUGAAGAGGUAGGUGCUGGUCUCUUCUCACAAGUAACUGGUAAUAGACCAAGAGGAAAUGGCCUCAAGCUGUGCCAGGGGAGGUUUAGACUAGAUAUUAGGAAGAACUUUUUCACUGAAAGGGUUGUCAAACAUUGGAACAUGUUGCCCGGGGGGUGGUUGAGUCACCAUCCCUGAUGUGUGUGAAAGUCAUCUAGUUGUGGAGCUUGAGGAUAUGGCUUUGUGCUGGACUUGGUAGGGUUAAUAGUUGGACUUGAUGAUCUUGAAAGUCUUUUCCAGCCUAAGUGAUUCUGAGAUUCUGUAAUAGAUGCUCCACACACAUGCGCUAUAAACUCUUUUACCAAAUUCUUAGAUACUAAAGCAGAAAAGUAAUUCACUGCAGUGCCUACAAAAAUGCCUGAACAGCAGAAUCAGUCAUCCAAAUAUCCAUGAGGUUUCCCAUCCAUAUGGUCCCAAGUCCCAAAGAAUUAAACAGAUUUGUAGUGACAGCUCUCUGAGUGUGUCUUCCGUCUUUCUGCCAUCUUUAGCAAUAUGUGACUAUCAGACCAGCCCGGGUUCUGCUGUUUGGAACACUAAUGGCGGGGAGGAAACGAAAGAAAAAUUGCUGUAAUCUAUGGUUUUAAGGAUAUUCAAGUCUAUGUGUUUCUCCACCAUCCUUGGGAUUUGUCAACAUAAUUUCUAAACCUGGUCAACUGUUGUGGGGUUUUUUUCAGCAAGCUUUGAGUGAGUGAAACUGCUGUUUUAACUACCUCUGCAAAUAAAGUUAUACAGAUCAGAA